AUGCGCUUUAACUCUGCUCUUCUUGCAGCAGCUGCUGCUGCCGGCACUGCCCUUGCCCAGCGUCCGACCAACACGUCCAUCUGUGACUACUACACCAUGGCCUUAUUGAAGGAGAACAACGCUACCAACCAGUACACUCUCCUGACCCUGCUGGUCAACACCGCCAUCAUCGGUAACUACACUCAGCCCAACGUCGGUGUCAGCGUUCCUGGAAUCUUGAACCCCAAUGGCAUGUACAACAACACCAAGGUCAACCUGGUCCCCUACUUCGAUGGCGGUCUUGCUUCCACCAACGAGGGUGGCAGCAUGGGUGUUGCUAAGAACUUCCUUGACGGCGGCGGUGCUGCUCCUCUGAUGAAGAACAUGCCUGCCGAUGACAUGACUUCCAACCAAUACAAGCUCCUGACUCACCUCUACGAGUUUUUUGGUAGCCUCCUCGGCUGCUCUGAGGUUGGCAUGACCGGUUUCGCCGCUUACUCUGGCGAUGCUAGCAUGUACGAGGUUCACAAGUUCAUGGUCCUCGACCCCUUUCAGAUGGGCUACUUCAUUGAGCAGGUCGCUCUCUCCGCUGCCUCCUUUGGAGUCGCCACGUCGGACAUCGAGGCCGUCGGCCAAGCUCUCGGCUCGCUCUUCAACUACCGGUGCUCCCCCAAGACUACCGUCAUCAAGGCCCAGGGUCCCCAGUACCAGAGCAUCUGCACUGACCAGUCUUGUCCGCUCGCUGAUAACGCGGUCUGCGAUGCCCAGCCCGCCAUGGAUCAGCCCCUUGUUGCCAACGCGACUCUCGCCGAUGGUGAGGGCCGUAAUGCCACUGGCUCUGCCACUAUGUCCGGGGGUGCUACCGGCACCGCUACUGGCACCGCGACCAUGUCUGGGAGUGCUUCUGGGACUACCUCUGGUAAAUCCUCCGCCACCGCCACUUUCAACGCUGCCUCCCACGCCGCUCCUGGGCUUACCGGUAUGUUCGCGACGCUCGUGGCCUUCCUCGCUCUGUAA